CAAGUACUAGUUUGUUUGUUAGCGGUCUCUCUGGAGAAGUUGAUUUGAUGGGGGAAGGGACGCUCAUAAAUUAGAGCAUUCCUCAACCAAAACAAGCUACACCAAAUUCAGUUUAUUUUUCCACCACCAUGGAGCUUAAUGCUACCACCAUGCAGCACCCUCAAACCUGCCUAGAAAUAACCAUGGAGGUUCAUCAAGUUGUCCCACCACCCCAUAAGAGCACCAUUCACAAGCUUAAAUCAAGGCUCAAAGAAACUUUCUUCCCUGAUGACCCUUUGCGCCAAUUCAAAGGACAGCCAACGAGGAAGAAAUGGAUUCUUGCAGCUCAAUACAUCUUCCCUAUUCUCCAAUGGGGUCCGAAUUAUAGCUUCAAACUCUUCAAAUCGGAUAUUGUUGCCGGACUUACCAUUGCCAGCUUAGCCAUCCCACAGGGUAUCAGUUAUGCUAAGCUUGCUAGUCUACAACCAAUUGUUGGUCUCUAUUCCAGCUUUGUGCCUCCUCUUGUAUAUGCUGUACUUGGAAGCUCCAGGGACCUUGCAGUAGGGCCUGUUUCCAUAGCUUCACUUAUACUUGGAUCCAUGCUUCGGCAAGAAGUAUCCCCUGCCAAUGAUCCUGUCUUGUUUCUGCAACUAGCCUUUACUACAACUUUCUUUGCUGGUUUUUUCCAAGCUUCUUUGGGAUUUUUAAGGCUUGGAUUUAUCAUUGAUUUUCUCUCAAAGGCUACUCUUAUCGGGUUCAUGGCUGGGGCUGCUAUCAUUGUUUCUUUGCAGCAGCUGAAAAGCCUUCUUGGAAUCACUCAUUUUACUAAACAAAUGGGUUUGGUACCUGUUUUGAGCUCCGUUUUCCACAAUACAAAGGAGUGGUCAUGGCAAACAAUACUGAUGGGGUUCUGCUUUCUAGUGUUCCUGCUAGUGGCAAGACAUGUUAGCAUGAGAAGACCAAAUCUGUUUUGGAUCUCAGCUGGGGCUCCUCUUGUUUCUGUGAUCCUCUCUACACUCGUGGUUUUUGCAUUCAAAGCUGAGCAUCAUGGCAUCAGUAUAAUUGGAAAAUUGCAACAAGGAUUAAAUCCUCCUUCAUGGAAUAUGCUGCAAUUUCAUGGAAGCCACCUUGGACUGUCAAUUAAAGCUGGCCUUGUUACUGGAAUUAUUUCCCUCACUGAAGGCAUUGCAGUAGGAAGGACUUUUGCUGCUCUUAAGAAUUACAAAGUGGAUGGCAACAAGGAAAUGAUGGCAAUUGGGCUGAUGAACAUGGUUGGCUCCUCCACUUCCUGCUAUGUCACAACAGGUGCUUUCUCCCGAUCAGCUGUUAAUCACAAUGCAGGAGCCAAAACUGCGGUCUCUAACAUAGUAAUGUCAAUUACGGUUAUGGUGACCCUCCUCUUCCUCAUGCCUUUAUUCCAGUACACACCAAACGUCGUGCUGGGAGCUAUCAUUGUGUCAGCAGUAGUUGGCCUUAUAGACAUUCCAGCAGCCUAUCAAAUUUGGAAGAUUGACAAAUUUGAUUUCAUUGUGAUGUUAUGUGCGUUCUUUGGUGUUAUCUUUAUCUCUGUCCAAGAUGGUCUUGCCAUUGCAGUUGGAAUCUCCAUUUUCAAGAUCCUCCUGCAAAUUACUAGGCCAAAGACAGUGAUGCUAGGGAACAUUCCUGGGACAGAUAUUUACCGUAAUCUUCACCAUUACAAGGAAUCCAUGAAGAUCCCUGGUUUCCUCAUUCUAAGCGUCGAAGCUCCAAUCAACUUUGCUAAUUCAACAUAUCUGAAUGAGAGGAUUUUGAGAUGGGUUGAAGAUUAUGAAGCAGAAGAAGAUCUUAAAAAGCAGUCAAGCCUUCGAUUUGUGAUUUUAGAGAUGUCAGCGGUGAGUGCCAUAGACACGAGUGGUGUAUCACUCAUUAAAGAACUGAAGAAAGCAAUGGAAAAGAAGGGCGUUGAGCUUGUGCUGGUGAAUCCUCUGGGUGAGGUGAUGGAAAAAUUGCAAAAAUCGGACGAAGCUGGUGAUUUCAUGGGACCAGACAGCUUAUUCUUGACAGUAGGGGAGGCUGUCACUACGCUUUCAUCAACAAUAAAAGGCCAAUCAUCAAAUCAUGUAGUAUGAAGAAUGUUACCUGACAUAUAUAGCUAUCGGUUCCGGGUUUUACAGUGGGAAUAUCGAAGUAUUUGAUAAUAUUAAAAAUCAAGCCAAAUCUGAUUUUCCACAUUCUCCUUGUUGACUAUCUUCCUCUGCUUACCAUAGUCCAUAGCUGCUCUCCUGCUUCAGAUACACUGGUUUGUGCUUGCAAAGACAUUAAAACUUACUAGUAGUGCUUGCAAUGUCCUUGCAUUUGGCCAUACUCUCCAAUAAAACGUUAGUACUAUGUUUGGUAA